GUUUUUGGUCUGUUUUCAACUAAUUUGAGGUUUUGUAGAUUAGAGAUAAUUUUUUUUUUUAAUUUCAUAAAUCUGAAAAGUUUUUUUUUAAAUAAAUCAAUUUAAUUAUAAAUUAUUGUUUUAAUUUGUUUUUAGGGAGAAAGUUGUAAUCAGCUGGGCCCAAAUUUUAUUCUCAGCCUAAAUUCUUCCCAACUAAUAUAUACUCCAUAUGUUUCAAAAUAGAUGAUGCUUUAGGGAGUUUUUGAUGUUUCAAAAUAGAUGAUGUUUUCAUAUAUCAAAGCAUUUUUUCACUUUAUCAAAAACUGUGUACCCAAUGAUAUUUUGUAGUCUGUUUUGUGAUUAGCUGAAUAACUUUUAAUUUAUAUUUUAAUGAUAUUUUUAAGAUAAAAAACAAGUUUCUUAAUAGUUGUGCAUAAUCUUAAAACUUUAUGUAUUUUGAAACAUAAGAAGUAUAUGAUAUAACCCAAACUAUUAUUUCGUAGCUAGGGCAAAUAACCUAGUGCGUCCUCCCAAUUUUAACUGGACUAAAACAAUCUUUUAGUUUGAUUUACCAAGGAGCUAAGAAUUUCUGGUAAAUAAAACACUUCUCUAUUAUUAUUUUUUUUGCUUUGAUUUUUUAGGAGCUAGGGUUUUCUUUUCAUUUUUUAUAAUUACCGUUUGAGGUUUUUAUUUUUGGAGGGUUCUGUUUGUUUGAGGUUUUGGCAUAUGCUUGAUGGCGAAUAAUUCCGGCACAGACGAAGAGAUGAAUCAAUCCGAGGAGCCAAGGACCCCGCUGAAGAGACCAGUCUUGAAAAACGACACUGGAUUCGCCAUGGUAUGGACCCCUGAAGAACAAGCAACUCUAGAUAACGCCCUACUCAAAGAACCUAAGGACGCUUCUAAAUAUUCGUGUGUCUCACGUUAUGCGAGAAUCUCGUUAGAGUUUCCAAAUAAGACCACCAAAAAUAUCGCUAUGCAUUGCAGAUGGAUCAAAGAAUUGAGAAGAGUCAAAUCUGAGAGUUCAAACUCAGCUCCUCAAGAUGCGGUCAUCGAUGAGGUAAUUAACCAAAACGGAAAACUGUUUUAUCAGAUUUUUGAUAAUCUCUCAUAUUCCUUAAAGCUCGAAGAAAACCUUACGCUCUUCAACAAAUCCCGCGACAAUAUCAUGGUACUUGUCAACAAGCUCAACGAGAAUGUGCCGGACCAGAUGAAGCAUAUGCCACCAUUGCCUGAGAAAUUGAACGAUGAUUUAUUUAAAUUCAUUGGUUCAAAAUCAAAUCUACCAUAGCUACCAUGAAUAACUGUUUUUUUGUCUUGCAAUUUGAUUUCUGUAAUUAUUUUUGUAAAUAUCUUCUUACAUUACUUUCACCACCAACUAUCUCGAAAAAUCUUUCUGUUUUUGUCUCACAAACAAAGGAUGUUUUAAAACCUAGCAAUGCUAAUUUCUUCAACAUAGUUAGUUGGGCAUGAGUAUAUUUCUGCCCCUAUCAUUAUUUUCUUGAAACACUUCAUUAAAUUUAAAACAGAGAAGUUAGGUGAAUAGGCAUGGAACUUAUUAUCCGAGAUCCGGAUUCGAUUCGAGAUCCGCUCUGAAAAGAGGAUAUCUGAGAUAUCCGGAUCCGAAUCCAGAUAGUAAAAUCUUGGAUCCGUCCAAAUCGAAUCUGAAUCUGGAUAUCUUAAUUUUUAGGUCAGGAUAUCCAGAUACGGAUCCAUAUUUUUAAAACACAUUAAAUCUUUAAAUUUCAUUAAUAUUUAUAUUUGAUAUAUUAAUAUUUAUGCAAGAAUUAAUCUUAUAAUAUUCUAUUUUAGUUUUUAAAAUACUAUAAACAUAUAUAAAUAUAUUUCUAAAUCUUGUUUAAAUAUUUAAUUUAUGUAUUAUAUUAAAAAAUUUAGUAUUUUUUAAAAUAUUAUUUUUACAGAUCCAGAACCGGAUAUCCGCGAUAAUAGAAUAUCGAGACGGAUAUAAAAAAACCACGAAUCCGGAUCCGAAUAUUAAAUCUACGGAUCCGGAUCGAUACUCUAAAUUUUCCGGAUAUCCGGAUCCGUCCCAUGCUUAUAGGGGAGGGAAUUAACAAGACUAAGCGUUGCUAAAUUAUCAGCAAUAACAUUGUUCUCUCGAUUUUAACAUUUACGCCAAAAAAAAAAACAUUGUUCUCUCAAGAGAUCCAACCAAAAGAAAUCGAAUCACAUUUCGUUGCCAGCUUCAAAAUGUCGGAUACAGGUUCAAAAAUCUCUGGCAAAAUCAUUUAUGAUGCUUAAGUCUUCAAUAUAACCUCAACUAAUUGUAUAUCUAACGUUAGCAGAAAAUAUUUCAGAAACUACAUGUAUAUUAGUAUUGUGUAUCUAUAAAUUUCAUAAAUGGAGAUCGAUUUCAUUUUUCUCCACAAAACUUGAUUUUUUUUAUAAAACUUGAUUUUAUCUAUUUAUAUAAAAUUAAUAACAAGAGAAAUAUACGACUAAAGAUGGUAUAAUAUGAAUAAUUUAUUAAUAAAA